AUGCAAGAGGAUGCUGAGGGCGAAUCGAAGAAGCAGCUGCCUGCAGACAUGUACUACGAGUAUGACGAGCUUUACUCCAGACCGACUGUCACACCACACUCUGAAAUCCCGGAGAACCUCCUGCACUUCCAUCACUCCUUUGGUUACGACAGCGGGCACAGGUCGAACCUGCAGGUACUGGAUGACAAAACUCUGAUCUUUGUCGCUGGAAACCUGCUUGUGCUGGUGGACAUUUUCACCAAAGAGCAGAGAUACCUGCGCUCCUGCAGCGGAGGAGGAAUCGGCUCCAUCACGGUACACCCAAGCAAGGAGUACUUUGCUGCAGCAGAGAAGGGAAACCAGCCAAACAUCAUCGUCUAUGAAUAUCCCUCAUUACGACCAUACCGCAUCCUCAGAGGCGGUACUGAGCGUGCAUACAGCUACGUUGAAUUUAACCACGAUGGAAGCCUGUUAGCCAGCGUGGGCAACAAACCAGACUACAAGCUAACACUGUGGGACUGGAGGCAGGAGAAAGUGAUGCUGAGCUGUAAAGCCACUUCUCAGGACGUCUACCGAGUCUGCUUCUCCUCAUACAACCCAGAGCUGCUCACGUCGUCAGGAUCCGGACACAUCAAGUUCUGGAAAAUAUAUAGCACAUUAACAGGUCUUAAGUUGCAAGGAUGUAUGGGGCGUUUUGGCUUAACUGCAGCAACUGAUAUUGAGGGCUUCAUGGAACUUCCUAAUGGAAAGGUGGUGUCUGGUACAGAUUGGGGGAACAUGCUGCUGUGGGAUCGGAGUGAUAUAAAGGUUGAGAUUUGCAAUAAAAAUGGACGGACCUGCCACGCUGGGACAGUCCAGCCGUUUGCCCUGGAAGACGGGCAGCUGUUGACGUUUGGCUCAGAUGGAGUGAUCCGAGCCUGGGACUCUGAGCUGGUCAGUGUUGCUGACAGCAACACUGACAGCAGCAAGUUUGAGGUGGAGCCUCAGAAUGAGCUGGUGGUGGGACGCAACGUCUGCCUCUCUUCUAUUGUGAAGAGCUCCAUGCCUGACUCCUUCAUCUGGUUUGCUCAGGAUUCCAAUGGAGCCAUCUGGAAACUGGAUCUUUCAUUUAGCAACAAGACUCUUGAUCCAGCUCGCUUGUUUUCCUUUCACCGCGGGGCGAUCCAGAGCCUGGAUGUGUCGAAGACAUCCCAUCUGAUGGCCACGAUCGCUAUGGACUGUUCGGUUAAAGUUUUUGACUUUCUGGAAAAAAGAGAACUAACCACUGUCUCUUUCGGAAAUAAUGCAACUACUCUCCGCUGGGCUCCACUGUCAGUAAAUGAGAGUGGAAGUUUGCUGCUGAUAGGCUUUGAAGAUGGGGUGGUCCGCGUACUUGAGUUCUACGACCCUCAGAAGCUAUAUGUACUGACGGGGCGCAGCUCUAAAGAGGAAGCCAAGCUGCGCCUCAGACAGGUCGUCAAACCCCACAAUGCUGCUGUAACUGCUGUGGCAUAUGAUCGAAACGGGGAGAUCUUAGCCACGGGGAGCGUAGACUGCACGGUGUUCUUCUUUACUGUAGAAGAUGAAUACCAGCCCAUUGGUUUUAUUCACGUGCCUGGGGCAGUACAGGCGCUGGAGUGGUCACCUCAUUCCCAUCCUGACAACAGGCUGCUUAUACUGUGUCAGAGCGGGCAUGUGGUCGAGGUGCAGCGUCCGCAUCCCGAGGCCCAGCAGCCAGCCAAAACCUUCCACCUGUCUGAGCUGCCCAGAAGAUCAUUCAGGUUUGGGAGCAUCAAAUCUCAACUACAGAGAGAGGAGGAAACCAUAAGACGUCAAGUUACAAAGAAGAUGAAGAAGAAGGAGAGAGAGAAAGAAGAAUCACAGCAGCCAGGCACAGAAGAAGAAGAGGAAGAGUUACCACCUCUCUGCAGUGUUGACACUCCAAGUCCUCUCUACUGUGGAUUCUACUCACUGCCUGGACAGUUCUGGCUCUCAAUGGGUGGAAUUGACUCAGGAUUCUUGUAUCACUGUAAGUUUUCUGACAAACAGGAAGCGGAUCCAGAGAAGCAGGAUGAUGUGCCCUUUGACUCCCUGCCUGUACACAAUGCAGAUGACGACCCCAUUCUCGCCAUUACGUUUAGCUCUGACAAGCAGCUUCUGCUCUGUGGCAUGCACUCAGGCUCCAUCAGAGUUUACCCUCUGCAGCCUGGAGAUCACAGCAUCACCUCCAUGCAGGCCUACUGGACUCUCAGCGUCCACGACAACGAGCACGGACACCUGCGGCACAUCCGCUGUAGCCAUGACGACCACUUUGUGCUGACAGCGGGAGACGAUGGGAACAUCUUCUCGUUCAGCCUGCUUCCUCCAGAGGAGCUACAGAAAAGCCUGCAGAGAAAGAAGGCCAAGGUUCCUUCUCCAAGGGAAGGUCUUGAGAAUAAGCCGCUGCCUGCAGACAUUGAAGACCGCAAGGCCUACAGCAUAGAGUCGGCUUUGCAGAAUCUUCAGAAAGACCGUCUGCGUCAGGAGGCUGAACUAAAGCUCCAGGAGAAGCGGAAGAAAUUGGCUGAGAUCCAGAAGAAGUAUGAGCAGGUGCUGAAAGACAAUCAGAGUCUGCCGGAGCAUGUUCGCCUUACACCUGAGGAGCUGCAGCUGGACUCGCGUUUUUAUGAACUUGUAGAGAGGAUGAAGACCGAGCGGAUGAUGGAGGUCAAAAAACAGUUGGCUUGGGAGCAGGAGCGCUGCAACAUAGCAUUCAACAAACUACAUGACUGGUUCAAGGAGUCUCCAGAGGCUAACGUGGUCACCGUGGUCACCAUCUGCAGUGACCACAGAGUUUCUACCUACCAUCUGCCAGUUCUUACCAACCUUUCAGCUCAGCAGAACACACCCAGCUCCUCUGAUGGACACAGAGAAGACGCUGCUCCCGAACACACAAAACACGGGGCCAGACCUGCGAAUGACGGCAGCGAAACAGAAGAGGAGGAGGAGCUGCGCCCCCUAGAGGGUCGUUCUACGAUGAAAUUGGGAAAUCGGCAGGAAGGGAGGCUUCAGAAAGCUGCAACGAAAGCUCGAGCCAAAAUAGAGAAGAGGAAGCAGGAAUGGGCCCAACUUUAUGCAGAGAAACCAGACGAGAACUAUGAGGAUCCGCAGUAUGUGCAGGCCAUCCAUGAAGCCGAAGAGAGCUUACAACUCAUGACCAAUCCUUCAGCGCUGAUAAACAUGAAGGAGCUCGUUGAAAGGAAAAGAGAGGAAUUCACUGCUCUGCAGGAAAAUAUCAGAGAAAAGCAGAUCAAGAUGAAUAAACAGAUUGUGGCAUUACGGGACUCCAAGGUUCGCCUGGUAUCGUGGUUGCAUGCUCAGGGCCAGCAGCUGCAGAAGGUCCAGCAGCUUCUGGCGAAACAUCUCCACCGUCCUCCACCCACGCUGCCCUCCAUACUACCAGAGGAAACCCCUGAGAAAUGGCUGCUGAACAAGCUCACUGCCUUGAGGCGAUACCGGCCUCUGUGGGAGCAGAGGUGUAAGGAAAGGGGGAAUCUUUGUUGGAGUAGCAGCGAGGUAGCAAGUUUUGUGGAGCAGGUGCAUAAAGAAGUGGAAAGGGAGGAAGAAGAGAAAGCUUCCAGUCUAUGUGCUUCAUCUGUAACUAUAGAAGAAGAAGAAGACGACACAGCAGUGGGAGAAGGAGCAGAGCUGAGCGAGCUGGAGAAGGAGCUGCAGAGGGAAAAGGAGAUCAGACUGCUUUAUGAGCAGGACUCUCUGCUGAAGAAGGUCGUCACCAUUAUGGAGAGUUCAAUGAGCCAGUUUGACACGGAGCUCCUACUGCUGCGUCGGAAGAAAGUUCGUCUGGACAUCCAGCUGAAGCUGGACAACCUCCACCAGCUGACGGUCCACCAGGAGAGGCUGGUCCUCAAUGAGUUUGAGAAGAGGGAGGGCAGCCUGCAGGAGAACCUCAACAGAUGCGUUAAGGAGGAGAACAGCAUCACAUCUCAGCUGGAGGAGUGUAAGGAACAGCUGGAACUGCAGCGGAGUCACAUAGUGAAGCUGCAGACGAAAGAGAAGACUCUGAAUGCUGAGUUUCAGAAUUUGCUAGAUGGCAACGACAAGCUUCGAGAGUUUCUUACCAGUGUCUUCAAAAAGAACAUCAAGCCUGUGAAGACGGAGGAGCCAAAAGAAGAGGAGCGCGAUGAGGACGAUGACUGGGGUGACGACGACUACAGCAGCACAGAGGACGGAGGAGCCACGAUGGACGUCAGUGCUUGCCCUCCAGGCUGCAAGCCAGAACUGCUUGAGUGCAUUUCAAUGCUGCGUGAGCGUCGGCAGAACUUAGAGGAGCUGCUGGCAGAGGAGAAGAAGAGUGUUCAAGCUCUGAAGAUAAAAUAUGACUCCCUUGUUAAAAAGGAGACUUCAGCAAAGAGCUGUCGGAAGGCAGCAGAGAAGAAAUUGGAGCUGAUCAAGAAAGAGAUACUGGAGAAAAUGAACGCACUGGAUGUGGUGGUUCCACUCAGACUGCAUCAGAUUCAAGUGAGCAGUAAGAACUUGGUGCCAUCAGACCUGGGCGAGGUCAUGGUGCUGGACAGAAUGGAGAUUGAAAAACUGCAGGAAUGUAUCAAGCAGCUGAAGGUGGACAAUAAACAACAGAAUGAUCUGUACGUUGAAGCUAAGCAGAAGUACACCAGGCUAAACCGCAACCUCGAAGACAUGGCUACCGAGAUCACAGAGAUGGAAGGAAAGUGCAACGAGCUGAUGAUGCAGAAGUUUGGGAGGCUGGUGGAUCUGGACGCGCUGCAGACGCAGACAGGAAACAGAGAGCUGGAGAAGCUCAAACAAGACAAACGCCGCCUCGAAGCUGCAUUUAAAAAGGAGCUCAAACAGUGGGAUGAAAAGGUGGACGAGGCGCGUGACCGUCUGUCUGAGGUGACCGAACGUAACACUCAGCUUCUCUACAGCAUGACAAGCCUCAAUGACGAGAAGGGCAAACAGCGGCGCCGGGAUCACACCAGACGUGAGACUCAGGAGGACAUUCGGAGGCUCAAGGAGACGACAGAGAGACAAUCACAGCAGCAGAGAACCCUCAGACGAGAGAUCGACCGACUGUCCCGUAGUGGAGGCCACGUCUCGGCCUCCAGCGUGGUUCAGCUGCCUUUUCUAGCAGAGAAACAAGCACAAGGACAUCCAACGAAGCCAUCUAAACCACAAAAGUCACGCAAAAAGUCAAGCAAAAAAGGUGCUAAUUAA